AAAAAUACGCAUAUGCUUACCUGUACAUUGAAUAGGCAAGGUUGCUUGGGUGUAACCUAUAAAUGGUUUCAUGCAUCACUAAACAGUGUCAGUACCUACCUAACACAGGCACAUGCGAAUCUGCUAUUGAAAUAGAAUGGAGUGGAAGGUCCUUCUUGCAUUCUCCUGUUGCCUCGUGGCAUCGCAAUCCUCGCUGAUCCCGACAGUAGAAGUCCUCCAAGGCCCCAGCAGCAAAACAACCCUUCUCGGACCUGAUGGAAGCGCCCUGAAUGCUGCAGCACCUGGAGGUACGGUAGUAACAGGAGGAGCUGCUGGAUUGGUGCCAGCUGGACCUGCUGUUCUCGGUGUUGGGGCUCCCAUUGCUGUCAGAGGACCAGCCGGAGCAAUCAUCACUUCUCACUCACUAGCUGGGCCUGCUGUCGUUCCCGCUGUAGCCGCUGGAGCUCCCAUAGUAGGUGCUCGUGGAAUUGCCAUCGGUGCUCUUGGGGAUCCUGACGAUAAUGGACAUGAAGGUGCAUACCUUGGUGAUAUCUCAGAAGCAUGGCACGAUGAUGGUUCAUAUAGAGGAGAGUGAAUUGUUAUUUAUUGACCUGAAUAUAUUUUUCUAGCGAA